AUGAGCGCCCAAAACGCUAGCAGCCCUUUGCUGCCUGGUGAGCAGAGUGGGCCGAACUAUGAUAGCACGCCUACGGGGCAAGCGGUUCCAAUACCGGAAACCGGGAACGUACAGAUGAAUGGUUUUCCACCUCCCCACCGUAUGCCUCAGGUGGAUGUUACAGUACCUACUAUGGAUGGUGGUCUGCCAGCGAGUAUCGAUGAGGAUACACAGGCGCCGGAUAGCAACUCGGUACCGCGAAGUACCCUGGGGCAAGAGGCAACCGCGUUGGGGCAAGAUGUUUUGCAGGGUGUGAGCCCUGCCUCUGGGCGGGCAACUUUGCCUGCUGCCGCGUUCGAUUCGGCGGCCCUUUUUCCAUCACCUUUGCCGGGAGCUUCGCCGGCUAUGCAUGGAACUACGCGUUCUGGGAUGGAGGCUAUGACUUCGAGGGCUCAGACCUGGAUGUCGCGGUUGGGGGAUUUGUUUCAGCAACGAAGAGUUGAAGUCCACACUGCGUGGACGCAUAGUCCAACUGCGAGAAACAUGGAGAAUCCCUGGUCGGGCAAUCAGCAGCCCUUUGGAGCUUUGUCUGAAAGGGAUCCGCAAAGAGAGCAGAACCGUAUGCCUCCUUCCACGGGUUCUGCACCGAUACCGUAUGAGCUAGUGCAAGCAGAGGUAUCAAAGCAGUUGGAUGGAGCAGUGAAUGAGAUGUAUAAGACAAUGAUGGAUAGAAUUGACGCCGAGAAGCAGCGAUCGGAGGAAGCCGAGCGUCAAGCCCAUGACCUACGGAUGCAGCUGGAACUUGUGGAAAGACAGGCACAAGCGGUGGCUACUAGGGACUAUAAGCCAGAGGGUUUUGAGGACACCUUCCAAGGGGGCACGAGGGGUGGCCACAUUGGGAAUAACGAGGCCAUCAACAUGCAAGGACCUCCCCCUCCUCCUGGACUCGGGCGUCUUCGUGAACUUCUUCCUGUGCUGUCCGCCAUGGCCAGAGGGCUUGAGUCCUUGCUUAUGAGCCAGAAUAGCCGGGGUGAUCGACCCGAAACAGUGAAACCUGGGAUAACGGAACUACCUGCCCUACCAUCAUACACCCCCGAGACCGGCAGCAUCGACUUGAUCAAUUGGAUUACGCAAAAAACACCUAUUAUGGAGGAUUUGAGUGACUCUUCGAGUGCCUGGUGGUCGGAGAUGCUGCAAGAAGUAGUGCACUGGUAUUCGAGGUAUUCUGUAGCUGCACCUUUGGAGCGACUGCACCUUUUACCGGUUACGUCACGGGGUCUCAGCAAACCUGAAUGGACCCGGGUGGAAAGGAGAGCAACGGCUAUGAUGCUGACGGCGAUACCUACGGCUUUGAAGGAAGAGGUGAUUGCUGCGGGGGGUGUUAACACCCUGAACUUAUUGGCUAAACUGUUCUCAACCUACCAGCCGGGCAACAGGCAGGAGAAGGCUUUGGUUUUGGCAAACCUGGAGAAGCCCUCAGAAUGUGGAGACGCAGCGUCUGCCGUGGAAGCCUUGCGCAAAUGGGCUUUGUGGAGGCGGCGGGUGACUGCAAUUGGAAUAACGGAGCCGGAUUCAAGUGUUCUGCUUCAGGGCCUGGACAGGAUAUGUCACAUGGUUGUCAAGGCGGACGCGGAGUUGGCCUUCCGGGUGAGCUUGAUAAGAUCCACCCUGCAAGUUGAUGUGUGCCCCACCCAGGAGAAUGUCACGAAGUUCUUCCAGCACCUCCAGGCGGAACUAGAGCAGCAGGCGCGCCUUGGGGUUGUGAACCCGCGCAUCAAGGCCUUGGGAACUGUGGCAGAUACGGGUGGUAUCGUGAUACCACCACCACCACCAGGAGAUGUAGAAGAGGCAAGGACUGCAGAUACCCUCACCAGUGGACUGGUUUUGAGAAGUCAGAGCGUGCAAGAAGGCGUCCCCACCGAAAGAGUCAUCAGCGUCGCCAUCUUCCGCUCCCUCGAGUACCUCCUCCUCACCGUCCAGGUCCAUGCAAUUCAGCCGGUGGUCAAUGCAGUUGAGAAAUGGUGUGAGCGAUGGAAUGGCUUGGAACCACGCAAAGAGUGGCUGGAUGCAGUAACGGUGAACGUGGCCCUGGCAGGAGCUAUCGACUACGAUGGAACUCGUCCGAAUGUGAAUGAACAGACAGCCUACAAGCUUAUACAGGAGCUAGAGCAACAUGAUGUUCCCCGCCUUCGUGAAGCCACCAUGGAGUCAGUUCGGAUUCUCAAGGAUGUUGAGGUCAGCUGGUGGUCUUGUUUGGUGGACUAUGUCGUGAAUGGGGACGUUCAGUCGGGCAAGGAAAGUUUGAGGCGAUCCUUGUUCUAUGAUGAGGCAGAGCGCGAGGAGCUCCAGAAGUUGUUGCUGAGGUUUCCCAAUGAUGGAGGCUGGCAGAGAAUGAAAGGUUUGGGUCUGAACCGGCGGACGAGGAAGCGGUUGAUGAACGCCUCUACUUGGAUAGUUCGCUGGGACCCGGCGGGCUUUGCCAGGAAGUCGGAUGUCCUCCAGAAGGUUGGCCGUAUGUUUGAGGUGGCCUACUUGAACGUGGGUUCGCUAAUGGCGCAGGGUGGCUUCGAUGCAACUUGGAGGCUUUUACUCUGGGCCGCCACGCAGGGACGAAUAGGAGCGCUCCUUUCGCGGGACCUCGCUGACACUGUUGCCGAACAUGAUGCUCAUAGAGUUCACCGGGCACGAGUGCAAUUUCUACAUUCGUUGGCGGCUGCGGGCAUGCAUUACAAGGGCUCGCACAUGCCACGGUUCUUGGUUGAGCGGAAACGUGGUUCUAAGGUGAGUUCGCUGGAUUGGAUGUGUGAUGGCAAGGCCCAGCGCUAUGCGAUUGAGAUGGACCUCCCAGACCCCAUGUUUGCGGAAGAGGAGGCGAUCAAUGUGGUUAGUGGUCUCACGGGUGUGGUCUACUCAAAGGGCUAUGGAAGGAUCAGGUUAGCCCGUAUGUCGCAGGACGCUGCAUGGCGCUUGCACGUGAUGAGGAACCAUCAACCGUUCCGACGUGACUGUGCAUUGUGCGUCAGGAAUGCCGCCACGGGCCGGCAACACAGGGCCACAAUGCACCCAUCUGGCUACACGCUUUCGGUAGACCUUGCAGGCCCUCUUAAAGGAUAUGGUCGGUCACCGGAUGGGAAGUUCUUCCGAAAUUUUGUUUUGGGUGCAUUCAGAAUUCCUUUACUUGAUGGAGGUGUUGGACGAGAUGGUUUUGUUCAUGGGCACCCUAUUCCUGAUGAGGAUCCGGGAGAAGAAGAGUGCCUCUCGGAAGAAGAAGUUGAGCAACCUGAGUUUGAGGAGGAGCAUGAUGGGUCUUCUCCUGCAGACUUAGAAGCGGAAAGGGAAGAAUGGAGGAAACUUCGGGAAUCCUUCAAAGUCCCUCUUAUUACGGAGACUUUGUAUUUCUGCGUGCCAGUGAACAGCAAGAAGAUCGAGGAGGUGAACUUCGUGGCAAUGCAGUAA